AUGCGUCUUUAUUGUCUAUCAGAUGAUCCUAAUUUACCAUGUUUUAUUUUAACUGUUUACGGUCGUUCAAUACUAUUGGACUUUCCUUUACCAAUCGAUCAUCUACUUGAUUAUUUACCUAUUCCAUCGCCUGGUUGCGUAAAUCGAUUUUCAUCAUUACCAAAAUACAAAUUAUUAUCGCAUAAUAAAGAAAAUAAUCUUCCACGACAAAUCGAUGAAUUGCGUAUUUUACACAAUCAAUUAUUUGUUUAUUCUCCAAUUGAAUUUUAUACAUUAGAUUCUAGUCAAUAUGAUUUUUCAUUGAUUGAUAUUAUACUUAUAUCGAAUUAUGAAACACUUCUUGCUCUACCAUAUUUAUUUAAAAAAUAUGAAAAUUUAAAUGCACAAAUCUAUUUAACUGAGCCAACCUAUCGUUUUGGUCAACAGCUCAUGUAUGAAAUGGUUAGCUAUGUGGAACAACAGUCAAAAAUGAUUCAAACAAAUGACGAAUGGAAAUAUGAUCCAGAUAUAUUUGAUUCCAUUGAAGAACAGCAAAACGAAAAAAAACUAAAAUUAUUUUCUCAUGCACAAAAAUUAAUGUCGUGUUAUUCAAUAGAAAAUGUUGAUAAAUGUUUAAGUCACGUUACAAUUGUUCAUUUCAAUGAGCAAAUUGAUUUGUAUAGUUCAAUACGAGCAAGUGCAAUUAGUUCAGGAUAUUGUUUAGGUAGCUGUAAUUGGCAACUCGAUAUAAAUGUAAAUCAUAAUCAAACAUCGAAAAUCGAAACUUCGUCAUCUCAAUCCAAUCUCACACGCUUUAUUUACAUGUCAUCCAGUACAACCUUAGAAACUUACUCAACAAAAUUUAGCUACGAUUCUUUUCUCAAUUGUGAUUAUUUACUUCUAUCUAACCUUUGCCAUUUAUCAUCUAUGGACGCAAGCAUAAAUGCAACUGAAUUAACAGCAAAAAUCGAAAACAUUCUUAAUGAUCAUGGCAGCGUUCUGAUUCCAUGCUCAUCGACAGGUCUUAUUUAUGAUAUGUUUGAAUUCUUAACAAAAUAUUUCGAACAAAUUAAUCUAUUAAAUAUUCAUAUGUAUUUUAUUUCGCCUAUAAGCAAUGCAAAUCUUGCCAUAUCGAACGCGAUGUCCGAGUGGGUUACGGAACAACGACAAACAGCAUCAUUCAGUGGUACACCACCAUUCAAACAUAAUGAAUUAAUCAAAAGUAAAUGUUUAAUAACAAUUUCAUCGGAUCGUUUAGAUGAUACAGAAACUUUAAUUAACUUCGAACAGCCGUCGAUUAUAUUUACUGGUCAUUUAUCAUUACGUUUCGGUCCCGUAGUACAAUUAAUUGAAAAAAUGAAAACAUCAUCAUCGAAUGGUAUUAUUUUUAUUGAUAAUCAAUAUUCUUAUGUUGAUGCAUUAAAACCCUAUCAACCAAUAAAUAUGAAAUGUUUCUAUUUGCCUAUUGAUACGCGUCUGAAUUUUUCACAAGUAAAUAUUCUCUUAAAUGAAAAAAUACGACCGAAAAAUUUAAUUGUACAUGAACAAUAUUUAAAUGAUAUUGUAAAAAAUGAUAAAAUUAAUAUAUUAUCCUAUAGAAAAUACGAUAAUAUCAAAUUGCCAUCGAUAAAUCGAUAUUUUAUUAAUGGACAAUUGAAUAUAAAAAGUGAUAUUAAACCAAAAUUAAUACCAACAUCAAAUUUAGCUAUUGCAAGUAUUCAUGGACAUUUAGAUAUGUGCGAUUAUGUCUAUGAUAUCAAUGAACUUGAUAAUGAAAAUUCAAAACAAAAUAAUUUAAUUACAUACGGAAAAAUCGAUGUUGACAAAUUUUUAAUAAAUCUAUCGAAAAGUGGCAUUUUUGGCUUAGAAGUCAAACAAUUAAAUGAAUACGAUAAUGAUGUAAAUGACAAUGAACAAUCAAACAGAUCGGUUGAAAUAAAAUACAAUCAAGGUGCAGCAAAAAUUAUUGUUCGAUCGAAACAAACAGAUAUUGAAUGUAAUGAUCCAUCAUUGAUGAAUAAAAUUCGAGAUGCUUUACUAAUGAAUAACAUAGGGACAUUGUAG